AUGUCGGCUCUCUACGGGAUCAACGCCAACAACGACGCCACUGCUGUAAGGCAGGGUGCUCCUGGCGCUGGUUCGACAGGCAAUAACGUGCCGCUCGCCGAUCACCAAAAUUCAACCGAUGAAGCGAUUAACGAGAAACCGCCCACAUCAUCACCUGCCGACACUCUCGGCAAGGGCGACGACGAGGAUGAUUCCGAGAUGGAGCGCAGAACUUCUAUUGUUCAGGCCCUUGCGCGCUCUUAUUCUCAUGCUUCUGCCAAUCACCCCGACGGACAGAACCCUUUCCAGGCUGGCGAGGAUUCACCUCUGAACCCCAAUUCCCCCAACUUCAACGCCCGCCAAUGGGCCAAGUCUGUUGUUGAACUGGUGCGCCAGGAUGGUCACAGUUUCCGAUCCGCUGGUGUUUGCUACCAGAACCUCAACGUUUACGGUUAUGGUGGCGCCAGCGAUUACCAGGCCGACGUUGGUAAUGUCUGGCUUGGUCUUCAAGAUGUUAUUGGCAAAGUUACCGGCAGAAAACAACAGCGCAUUGAUAUUCUGCGCAACUUUGACGGUGUUGUCCACGCUGGUGAGAUGCUUGUCGUUCUUGGACCUCCUGGUGCUGGUUGCUCCACCACCCUCAAGACUAUCGCUGGUGAGCUCAACGGUAUUUACGUCGACGACGGUUCAUAUUUUAACUACCAGGGUUUGUCCGCCAAGGAGAUGCACUCUCACCACCGAGGUGAAGCUAUUUACACCGCCGAAAUCGACGUUCAUUUCCCCAUGUUGUCUGUCGGUGAUACCCUCACCUUUGCCGCCCGCGCCCGACAGCCCCGUGAGCUUCCCCAAGGCUUAAACAGGAACGAUUUCGCCGACCAUCUCCGUGAUGUCGUUAUGGCCAUGUUUGGUAUCUCUCACACCGUCAACACCCGCGUCGGUAACGAGUACAUCCGUGGUGUCUCUGGUGGUGAGCGCAAGCGUGUCACCAUUUCUGAGGCUGCCCUGUCUGGAGCUCCUCUGCAGUGCUGGGAUAACUCUACUCGAGGUCUCGACUCUGCCAACGCCAUCGAAUUUUGCAAAACCCUCCGUCUGCAAACCGAACUUUUCAACAACACCGCUGUUGUUUCCAUCUACCAAUCCCCUCAAAGCGCCUACGACCUGUUUGACAAGGCGACCGUCAUCUACGAGGGUCGACAAAUCUUCUUUGGCCGCGCCGAUGCUGCCAAGGAGUACUUUGUUGGCCUGGGUUUCGAGUGCCCUGCUCGUCAGACCACUCCUGAUUUCCUCACCUCCAUGACCGCCCCCAACGAGCGAAUCGUGCGAGAGGGAUUCAAGGGCAAGGUUCCCCGCACCCCCGAUGAGUUUGCGACUGCCUGGAAGAACAGCGCAGAGUAUGCUGCUCUGCAGGUUGAGAUUGAGAACUACAAGACUGCUCACCCCAUCAACGGUCCUGACGCCGAGGCUUUCCGUGCCUCCAAGCAGGCCCAGCAGGCUAAGCGUCAACGCCAGAAGUCUCCCUACACCCUCUCCUACAUGCAGCAAAUUCAGCUUUGUCUGUGGCGUGGAUGGCUGCGACUCAAGGGUGACCCUGGUAUCACCGUUGGUUCUCUUAUUGGUAACUUUGUCAUGGCUCUUAUUAUCGGUUCCGUCUUCUAUAACCUGGAUGAGACUUCAAGCAGUUUCUUCCAGCGUGGUGCUCUCCUCUUCUUUGCUGUUUUGAUGAACGCUUUCGCUAGUGCUCUCGAGAUUUUGGCCCUGUACGCGCAACGUCCGAUUGUGGAAAAACAUAGUCGUUACGCUCUCUAUCAUCCGUCAGCCGAAGCCAUCGCCUCGAUGCUUUGUGAUCUACCGUACAAAGUCGCCAAUACGAUCGUCUUCAACAUUACGCUCUAUUUCAUGACAAAUUUGAAACGCGAAGCGGGAGCCUUCUUCUUCUUCAUCCUGAUGUCUUUCGUUGUCGUUUUGGUCAUGUCCAUGAUCUUCCGUACCAUCGCCUCCGCUACUCGCAGUCUCUUCCAGGCUCUUGUCCCUGCUGCUAUCCUGAUUUUGGAUCUCGUCAUCUUUACUGGUUUCGUCAUUCCUAAGCGUUAUAUGCUCGGAUGGUGCAAGUGGCUUUACUACAUUGAUCCGAUCGCCUACGCUUUCGAGGCUGUUGUUGUCAACGAGUUCCACAACCGUGAUUACGAGUGCAACCAGUUCAUCCCCAGCCCUAUCCCGGGAUACACCGAUGUUCCUCAGGAUAGCCGCGUCUGCAGUGCUGUCGGUGCCGAACCUGGAAAGUCUGCAGUCAAUGGCGACCGCUACGCUGAGAUGCAAUUCGGCUACAAGUGGGAGAACCGCUGGCGCAACUUUGGCAUUGUCAUCGCUUGGAUUAUCCUCUUCACUAUUACCUACAUGACUGCCGCCGAACUUGUUUCUGAGAAGAAGUCUAAGGGUGAAGUUUUGGUUUACCGACGUGGCCACAAGCCUGCCGCCGUUGCCAACGCCGAGAAGAAGCACAGCGACCCUGAAGCUGCCAUGGCUCACAUCGGUCCUAUGGUUACUGCCGAGCGCACCCGCAGCCGAGCUAGUGGAACUAAGCAGCCUGGUGGUAUGCUCCAGGAGCAGACCUCUGUUUUCCAGUGGCACGACGUCUGCUAUGAAGUCAAGAUCAAGGACGAGACUCGCCGCAUUUUGGAUCACGUUGAUGGUUGGGUCAAGCCUGGUACUCUGACUGCCCUUAUGGGUGUUUCUGGUGCUGGUAAAACCACUCUUUUGGAUUGUUUGGCCGAUCGUACUUCUAUGGGUGUUAUCACAGGCGAGAUGUUGGUUGACGGUAACCCCCGAGACAUGUCUUUCCAGCGCAAGACCGGUUAUGUUCAGCAACAGGAUCUGCAUCUCCAGACUUCCACAGUCCGAGAAGCCCUCAGCUUCAGUGCCCUCCUCCGCCAGCCCGCUCACGUCCCCAAGCAAGAGAAGCUCGACUAUGUCGAGCAGGUCAUCAAGCUGCUCGAUAUGGAAGAAUAUGCCGACGCCGUCGUUGGUGUUCCCGGUGAAGGUCUCAACGUCGAGCAACGUAAGCGUCUUACUAUUGGUGUCGAACUUGCUGCCAAGCCUCCCCUGCUGCUCUUCGUCGACGAGCCUACCUCUGGUCUUGACUCUCAAACCUCUUGGGCUAUUUUGGAUCUUCUUGAGAAGUUGACAAAUGCUGGUCAAGCCAUUCUUUGCACUAUUCAUCAGCCAUCCGCCAUGUUGUUCCAGCGCUUCGACCGACUUCUCUUCCUCGCCAAGGGUGGAAAGACCGUGUACUUUGGUGAUAUAGGGGAAAACUCACACACGAUGACUAGCUACUUUGAACGCAUGAGCGGUCACACAUGUCCCCCUGAAGCCAACCCUGCCGAAUGGAUGUUGGAAGUUAUUGGCGCUGCUCCCGGAUCUCACACUGACCUUGACUGGUUCCAAACUUGGCGCGACAGUCCCGAGUACCACGAAGUUCAGACCGAACUCGAACGUAUCAAGACCGAGAAGCAGGGCAUCGAGGAUACCGACGUCGAUGAUGGUAGCUACCGCGAAUUCGCUGCUCCUUUCAUGGUUCAACUCAAGGAGGUUCUCUACCGUGUUUUCCAGCAGUACUGGCGUACGCCUGUCUACAUCUACUCCAAGGCCGCUCUCUGCUCUCUCGUCGCUCUCUUUAUCGGUUUCGUCUUCUUCAAGGCUCCCAACACUAUCCAGGGUCUUCAGAACCAAAUGUUUGCCAUCUUCAACUUGCUCACCAUCUUUGGUCAACUGGUGCAACAGUCCAUGCCUCAAUUCGUCAUUCAACGUUCUCUGUAUGAAGUCCGCGAGCGUCCUUCAAAGGUUUACUCGUGGAAGAUCUUUAUGCUGUCGCAACUCAUCGUCGAGCUUCCUUGGAACAGUCUAAUGGCUGUCAUCAUGUUCUGUGCAUGGUACUAUCCUGUCGGUCUUUACCAGAACGCUUCUGACGCCGGUCAAACCACCGAGCGUGGCGCCCUCAUGUUCCUCUUUCUAUUGGCCUUCCUACUCUUCACAGCUACUUUCUCAACCAUGAUCAUCGCUGGAUUCGAAACUGCCGAGGGUGGAGCCAACGUUGCGAACCUGUUGUUCAUGCUUUGCCUGAUCUUCUGUGGUGUCCUCGCCCCCAAGGAUACUCUCCCCGGCUUCUGGACCUUUAUGAAUUACGUAUCGCCAUUUACUUAUUUAGUGGCGGGCAUGUUAGCAACAGGAGUCGCCAACACAGACGUCACAUGUGCCGACAAUGAACUCGUGCCCGUUAACCCGCCAAAUGGCUCUACUUGCGCAGAGUACAUGGGAGACUAUAUCUCCGCACUAGGGGGAUAUUUUGUGAACCCUGAUCUUACUGAAAACUGCGAGUUCUGCACCAUUUCCAAGACAAACACUUAUCUCGCCGGCGUCAACAUCGACUACAACGACCGAUGGCGAAACUUUGGUCUUCUCUGGGUCUAUAUCAUUUUCAACAUGGCUGCCGCGCUAUUUAUCUACUGGCUUGCGCGUAUGCCCAAGAAGACCUUUAAGAAGAAGAAGGCUAAAAAGGCUUAA